AUGAGACUAUCUCGUGAACCAGUUAAAACAGCUGAUUGUCAUUGUAAAGGUUACCUAGAUGCUAUACAUAGAAGUUGUUUAUUAGAAUGGAUCAGAUAUAAAGGUACCAAGGUGUGUGAAGUUUGUGCUUCUGAGUUUUCAUCUGUACCUACCUGUACACCUAGACCUGUAACAACAGAUGAACGAAGACAACAGGAACUCGAAGUGCUCUUCAGGCAGUAUGCUCGAUUGAGACCACUGUCACGGAAGAAGAGGGGAUGUGUUGCCUCUCUGCUCCUUUUCCUCGUGGUCAUCACGGGGGUAUCAGGAAUGCUAACGGUGAAUACCGAUAGACAUUUCCGUGCCGUUUCGUCCAAUCCUUGGAGUACAAUGGAAUCUGUUAACCAAUCAUAUAUCGUAUUUUCUAUUUGUUUAUCAUUUUUAUUAUUCUGUAGUGCCCUUACAUUUGGCACUUUAUUAACCUGGUGUACCAUUGAAACUACGUAUCACUUCCAGAGGCAAAGAGUAUGGCGUCGAGCAAUCGAAAUCGCUGCUUCUCACCAUAUAGCACCCUAAAAUGAUUUCUUUAUGCGUUUAACAUUUUUUGAUUGAAUCUAUUUUUGUUGUUUGCUUUAAAUCUAUCACAUGAUAUUAAUAUUAAGUGUUUGAUUUCGUUGAAUUUGCUUUUGGUUUUGAAUUGCCGUUGUCCAUCACUCAGCUCUUUAAAAUUGAUUAUUUAUACGUAGGUUUAUUUUUGUAUUUUAUCGAUCUCUGGUGUUAAAGGGGAACUCUCAACUCUCAGAUAUUACAGUGAAUACAUCUGGUUAAU